GUAUCAUACCAUUCAUCGACCUGUUACGUAAAGAGACAUACCUCAUCCUCACUUAAAUGCUUGCCCAACGUACAGCCUUUGGAUAUACCCCAAAGGUCAGACCUUGUCUUACGGUAGACAAAGCUCCGGACUCUUCCCUGCCGAAACUAUCUUUCGAAGACAACAUACUCAUCGGAGGCUCAUAGGAUCGAUCUCUUGCGCCGCCUCGGAAGUAAGAACUGUAUUGAGAGAAUCUUUUCUGCGCUAAAACAUUCAUCGACGGUUGUGUCUUCAAGAUCCUGGCCGGGUGGUGAAAUAAAAGAAGUACCAAGUGGCAUUGGACAAUCCGAAUAGAAGAAGGGAGGGCCGAGGCACCGCUGGAAGGAGGUAGAAACUUCAUUAGAGAGUGAAGAGGUCGGUUCUAUUUCUAGAGGAGCACGGGCUACAGAACAGGACAAGGAGCUUCUCGGCAGGCAGCAAAAAGUCAGAUUUCAGUGGCAGAUGCAAGCAGUUCUUGUUGUUUGAACCUUAGAACCAGGAUAGGAAGAAUUAGUUCAAUCGCUCAGUAAAUUGCAAGGAUUGGUGAUGGGAGAAGAUGGAGUACCAGGCGGAUUGAAACUACAGAAUACGCCAAAGUUACGAGAUUUCAUGAAGAAAGUAGCUGGGAGCCCCAAGACUUCCGCCGAUUGUCGCUGUGACAUGAUCAAGUAUGAGAAGGAAUCCGCUGUGCCAUAUGAAAUUCUACGACAGGCCUUCGCCCAACGGGCCUUAGACGACCUCCAACCAAUCCAUGAAGUGCUUGUUGGAUCCUCAUUCGUUUUGGAAAGUCCCAAACCUCGUGAAAAGAGUGAGGAGCUGAAGGCUCGACUACAAAAGUUACAGGAGUUGGCCGAUAAUAAGGCUUACGAGAAGCUUGUCUCUGAUGUUACUAAGAAGAGCAAUUAUGAACCGGAGGUUUUCUCUUCUUACAAGGAACAGCUGGGUUUUGGGCUACACGUGGUGGUGACUAUGUUCACAGGCUUUGCGUUCGGAUAUUCAGUCUUCAGGUCGCAGUUUCGUGAUAACCCUGUGAUUCAUGCGGCAGGUGGAGCCUUGGGAUUGAUCAUAGGAAUGCUCUUGGAAACUCUUCUUUUCAUCGUGCGCGAUGCACAGAAAGCAAAGCAUGAGGAACGCCGGUCCAAAAAAACGGCACAUAAUGACUCUACACGUACAAUUGCCCCUGAUGUCUUCACCACCACCACCACCAAUUCAUCUACGAGGCCUCCCGGUCCGGUCAAACGCAAGGUAGCGAGGAUUCCAUUCAGCACUUCCUGACGGAAGAUGAUUGCGCUUUUCUUGGUGAUCGAGGUUGACAAUUGAAAGACCAGUCAUGAUGGAUACAGUUUUAGAAUCCUUUGGCUGCAAAAAAUCGUUCAUCGUCAUAGUAUAUUCAAAGCGGCUUGCAUCCAAGAGGACGGGAUAAACUGGAUUCUAGGGAGGGGAGGAAAAAAAUAUAGGGUGAUUUCAAGCCUGGAGGUUUGAUUUGAGUAGGUGGCAACAGGUAAAGGCAUAUAUGAUAUUCGGAAUCUCCUUGUAUCUUCUGAAGAUGAAUAGGAUGUCCAGAAACUUAUCUUCCUCACAGUGCACUCCAAGUACAUCCAGUGGGGCAGCAAGCCACCGUAGAACAUCGAGUGACAUCCAGAAACUUGGUUUUGAACUCCACGUUGAAAAGCGUGUACGCUCUUCAGUUUCUUGUCUUCUCCUACAUUCAGCAGUGAGUCAACACAUUGCACAUGUGAAGGUUUAGCUUCUCAAUAAAGCAUGCAACUAUCAAGUACAUGAUAGAGAGGAUUGUCCCCUUGGUCCGAAUUGAUGUCCAGGAAAAGUUUCGUCGUCUGCAGCACGUAGUGUCUGGUGUGAAAACCAAGAGACCAGAGCAAUACAAGAGAAGUAUUUUUUUGUUCUCAAAGAUAUAUUUUUU